AUGGCAGCCUUCACUAAAACCUGCACUCUCCUUUUCCUUCUAGCCAUUGCAAUAUUCUUGAACUUCAACCAAACCCUAGCCAAGCACAAGCCAAGUUCUACUUCCCUGGUACUUGGUCUAACACAUUCUUAUACUUCCCUUCCCAUUCCAAAAGCCUCUGCUAAUUCGAAAAAGAUGCCGUCACAAGUGUCAGAUAUGAUGGAGCCCUUGAGGGGAGUUAGAGAUGGGUACUUGAUAUCUCUUAACUUAGGGACACCCCCACAAGUCAUUCAGGUUUACAUGGAUACUGGGAGUGAUCUUACUUGGGUUCCUUGCGGGAAUCUUUCUUUUGUUUGCAUGGAUUGUGAUGACUAUAGGAACAACAGACUAAUGCCCACAUUCUCUCCUUCUGCUUCCUCUUCAUCACAUAGAGACCUCUGUGGUAGCUCCUUUUGCCUUGACAUCCAUAGCUCAGAAAAUUCUAUCGAUCCGUGCACCAUAGCCGGAUGCUCACUCACUACCCUUCUUAAGGCCACAUGUCCUAGACCAUGCCCUUCAUUUGCUUACACUUAUGGGGGAGGUGGGGUUGUCACAGGGACACUUAGUAGAGACACACUUAGGGUUCAUGGAGUUAGUAGCACACCCGAUAAUGUUGUCACAAGGGAAAUUCCCAAGUUUUGUUUUGGGUGCAUUGGGUCUACUUAUAGAGAGCCUAUUGGGAUUGCAGGGUUUGGUAGGGGAUCACUUUCCCUCCCAUCCCAAUUAGGGUUCCUUAAAAAGGGCUUCUCUCAUUGUUUCUUGCCUUUCAAGUAUGCAAACAACCCUAAUAUUUCAAGUCCAUUAGUUGUAGGAGAUGUUGCUAUUUCUUCUAAGGAAAACUUGCAAUUCACUCCAAUGUUGAAGAGUCCCAUGUACCCUAACAACUACUACAUAGGUCUGGAGGCUAUCACAAUAGAUAAUGCCAGUGCAAUUACCCAAAUGCCCUUAAGCUUGAGAGAGUUUGAUGCUCAAGGCAAUGGGGGAAUGUUGAUUGACUCAGGAACCACUUAUACUCAUUUGCCUGAACCACUUUACUCUAACCUUCUCUCACUUCUCCGCUCGCUGAUUUCAUAUCCUAGAGCCAAGGAAAUGGAGACAAAGACUUCUUUUGAUCUUUGUUAUGUGGUCCCAUACACAAUCAGUACUCUCACAAAACCUGAUGACCUAUUUCCUUCAAUCACUUUCCAUUUCUUGAAAAAUGUGAGUCUUGUUUUGCCCCAAGGCAAUCACUUUUAUGCCAUGGGAGCUCCAGCCAACUCCACUGUGGUGAAAUGCUUGUUGUUCCAAGCCAUGGAUGAUGAAGAUUAUGGGCCAGCUGGGGUGUUUGGGAGCUUUCAGCAACAAAAUGUUGAGGUUGUUUAUGACCUUGAGAAAGAGAGAAUUGGGUUUCAACCAAUGGACUGCGCUUCAGCUGCGGCCUCUCAAGGACUGCACAAAAAAUAA